AUGUACCGCUCCGUUGGAGGCAUUCGUUUGUUGUACCCCUACGGAAAAAAUCACCAGGUGAUGACCCUGCAAACUAGAGGCCUAUUAGUCUCGCUUCACUCUUUGCUAGAGUUUUUGAGAAGAAUCUAA